CAGCAAGGUGAGCGGAACGUGCGCUAAAUAUCAUCGGGGUGAGUGUUUAUUCGCAAGACAUCUGACACGGCGCAGCCCGCUUGCGCCAUAUUUAGCAGCAAAGCACACUUCUCAACCCCCUCACUCACCGUCGACUCUCGACUCUCGAGGACGCCUCCACAACCGCCAUGGCAUCACACUCUCAGCCACCAUGUUGGCCACACAUUUUGUCAUGCUGCCUGCUGGCCGGCGAAGCAUGGACUACUCCAUGAGGAGAAAGUACCUAUGUCCCCACUCUGACUACUGGUAGGGUCCCAGGCAGCCAUGCCAUAGGACUGACUCAAUGCUCCCUUCCAAUGGAUAUUCACCCCUCACAAUAGACCCCGCUACGGUCUGCCGUCAACUCUACCCAUAUCACGGCAGUUCCAACAGCAUCUUUCGCUUACCAUGAGAGCUUCACACCUAUUACUACGAGGCGCGAGUCUGGCGGUAUUCGCAUCCACAUGUUUGACAGCAAGCACUACAGAAAUUGAUCCAUGCGAGAAGCUCGGCGGCAUCCAACUCACAGAGGAUGUCAACGGUCCGACAGCAUUUACGCCCACGGAGGCCCUCAACUGCUUGAGAUCGGUUCCAUUCUCUGCCGACGACGCCACCGAGCUCAUUGAAACUCUCCGUCACACGAAUGCUUGGUAUGCUGGGCAAGCCUUCUACAAGGUCCCUAUAGAGCCCUUGCAUGAGCUUCCAGCGUUCGACGUCGACAAGACCAUCGACGGGAUCGAAGCCAAAGUCAAGAGCGGACACUACAAGAAUGGAUUCGACUUCUUCCGCGACAUCGGCCUGGUACAGACGUCCUAUCGCGACAUGCACACAUCGUUUUACCCAGCUUGUGGUGACUACUACCUAUUCAAGUACACACAUGAUUAUCCCCUCGUGGCCGUCUCGGAUACGGCAGUUGGGACACGGGGUAUCUAUACCUUGAAGAGAAAUGGAACCACGGCGAAACCGAAGCUAGACAAGCAAGUCGAAACAAUCAAUAGACUUCCUGCGGAGGAGUUCCUGAUCAGACUGGCGUCUGAUCACCCUGAUCUUUGGAUGUACCACGAUCCCGACACCAGGUUCAACAUGCUGUUCGAAAACUAUCCGUGGGAGCAGAACUCGGGUAUCUUUAACUUUCGUCAGUACUUUGUAGGAGAAGAGGAAGAAAAGCUAGAGAUUGGCUUCGUGGGAGGCGAGAAAGUCCAAGUCCAGUGGAAGGCAUAUUUUCAGAAUCUCGAGCUUCAAUUCAACUCGACCGAAGAACUGAUCCAGAAUGUUUGUUAUUUGUCUGCCGAGGAACUCAAGCCGCUUUCACCCAAGGUUGCCGGGCCUCUCUGGAAGGAGGAUCCGAGUGGAGCUCUCUGGAGUAGCGCAUUUUCCCCCGAGGUCGUCGAAAAGAGAACGGCCGCGCCCUUCCCCGCCACUACCGCUACCGACUCACCUGCAACCGCUACCGACUCGGCAGAGACGUCGGCGACACCCACGACGUCAAUAGUUGGUUAUCCAACUCCGGUGUCCCGCAACGAAGAUGAAUCGCUCGUUUGGUUCCAGGAUCCAGAUGGUGAUAAUGAAACGGUGAUUCUUCGGAUUUCCACCUUUGACAUAGAGGAAACCGACAGCUGGUCGCUCUUCCUCAACACGACUUUGCAGGCUUUCCACGAGAAGGGUGCGAAGAGACUCAUCAUCGACGUCUCCGGAAAUGGUGGAGGAACCGCCAUACUUGCAAAGAGAUUUGUUCGAGUCCUCUUCCCAGAUCUAUUUGACGGAACCGACGAGCCGGAUUACUAUGCGAACAUGCGAUAUCACUCAGCCCUGGACAAAGUGUGGAAGGCUGAAAAAGAUUUUGAUCCGGAGAACCUCCAACACACCCUGCUGAACGAGUACGUAAACCUGAACGGCACCAACUUCACAACUUUCGAUGAGGUUCUUGGCCCAUACCGCAACGUCGCAUUCAACGACUCGUUUACCGCCAUGUCUCUUUGGCGACCCGACCUGGACAAGACCGACUUCGGGUCCAAUAGCGAAUGGAGCAAGGAGAACAUCAUUAUCGUCGGGGCUGGCCAGUGCGCUUCUACCUGUCACAACUGGAUGGAAUUGAUGAGGAACGUCGGCGUCCGCACGUACACGUUCGGUGGGAGGGCCAACAGCACAGCGAUGCAACCCGUCGGUGGUACCAAGAGUGGCACCGUUCACGACUUCAAACAAAUGGUUGAGAAAACUUGGGCAGCGCUUGGCGAUACGACAAACUACAAGGACGUUCUCAAGUACCCUCGCGCCCGUCUCGUCAAUACCAGGAUUGGCAUAGAAAACCAGUUCCGGUUAGGUGAAAACAACUCGACGACUGCAGUACCGCUGUUCUUCAGGUGGUCGCCUGGCUGCAAAAAGCUUCCGUACUCCAAAACGACGGUGAACGAUCCAGCGGAGAUGUGGCGGGCUGCCAAGGCUGCUGCGUGGACUACGGAUGGCAAAGCUACGGAAUGCGACAAGCAGGCAAUCACGCCCCCAAAGAGUGGCGAGGAGACGCCUUUGACGAAAAUUGGGAAGGUGAUUUGGGAGCAUAUCCAUUUUGGGCCGAAAAAGUAGUGUGUGUGUGUGGGAGGAUUUCUAGUAACUAAGUUGAGUAGUGCUGUUAGUUAUCUCUUUUGGGUGUUUGUUUUGUAUUUUAUGGAGGCUCGUUCGGAUAUGACUUUAUGCGCAGGAAUGUUUGAGAACCCGUGGCUUUGAACGAUUGGAAGGAAGUUGAAUAUUUGUGAUUAAAC